CGGCCGGCGGAGGGUGCGCCUCUGCUUGAGCUGGACUGCCGCGGAGGAGGCGACGAGGGGUCCGGCGCUGGGGGGCUGGCUCGGGCGGCAGCGGUGGCUGCUGCGGAUGGGAGCGGGCCGGCUCGGCGUGCCCAUGGAACGCCACGGCAGAGCGUCCGACACCUCCGCCUCGUCGGCGGGGGAGCCGGCGCCCGUAGGGCCUGAUGGGCGGCGGCGGGAGCUGCUGCGGUGCCGGGCGAGCAGCGCGUCGGAGCCCCCCGUCGGGGCCUCGGCUUCGGCGGAGGGCGUCAGACGAAGCCGGCCCGGCUCCUACAGUGGCGCCCCCUCGGCCUCCCGCCAGCGCGUCGAAAGCCUUAGGAAGAAGCGGCAGCUUUUUCCGUGGUUUGGCUUGGAUAUUGGUGGAACCCUGGUCAAGCUGGUUUAUUUUGAACCCAAAGACAUCACUGCCGAAGAAGAAGAGGAAGAGGUGGAAAGUCUUAAAAGCAUUCGGAAGUACCUGACCUCCAAUGUGGCUUACGGGUCCACAGGUAUUCGGGAUGUGCACCUGGAGUUGAAGGACCUGACUCUGUGUGGACGCAAGGGCAAUCUGCACUUUAUACGCUUUCCCACUCAUGACAUGCCUGCUUUCAUUCAGAUGGGCAGAGAUAAAAACUUCUCGAGCCUCCACACUGUCUUUUGUGCCACUGGAGGUGGAGCGUACAAAUUUGAGCAGGAUUUCCUCACAAUAGGUGACCUUCAGCUUUGCAAACUUGAUGAACUAGAUUGUUUAGUAAAAGGAAUUUUAUACAUUGACUCAGUUGGAUUCAAUGGACGGUCACAGUGCUAUUACUUUGAAAACCCUGCUGAUGCUGAAAAAUGUCAGAAGUUACCGUUUGAUUUGAAAAAUCCAUACCCUCUGCUUCUGGUGAACAUUGGCUCUGGGGUUAGCAUUUUAGCAGUAUAUUCCAAAGAUAAUUACAAGCGGGUCACGGGUACCAGUCUUGGAGGAGGAACUUUUUUUGGUCUCUGCUGUCUUCUUACGGGCUGUACCACUUUUGAAGAAGCUCUUGAAAUGGCGUCUCGUGGAGAUAGCACCAAAGUGGAUAAACUAGUUCGAGACAUUUAUGGAGGGGACUAUGAGAGGUUUGGACUGCCGGGCUGGGCUGUGGCAUCAAGCUUUGGAAACAUGAUGAGCAAGGAGAAGCGAGAGGCAGUCAGUAAAGAGGACCUCGCCAGAGCAACACUGAUCACCAUCACCAACAACAUUGGCUCAAUAGCAAGAAUGUGUGCCCUGAAUGAAAACAUUAACCAGGUGGUAUUUGUUGGAAAUUUCUUGAGAAUUAAUACGAUCGCCAUGCGGCUUUUGGCAUAUGCUUUGGAUUAUUGGUCCAAGGGGCAGUUGAAAGCACUUUUUUCGGAACACGAGGGUUAUUUUGGAGCCGUUGGAGCACUCCUUGAGCUGUUGAAGAUCCCCUGAUCGUUACCUGGGGAGGGGUUCCUGGAACAUUCCACAAUGGGCUCUGUGAACUUUUGUUUUUUAAGAGACUUACUCAAUUUUAUGAUUGUGUACUACCCGAAUCAAAGCAAGAAAGGACAAGUGUAUUUUUCUAAGUCAUCAAGAUAAAUCCUUAAAAAUUCAGUCUAAACUAGUAACCAGUAAGGAAAGAUACAUAUGUAAAAAAGUGGACCAUGUCCAUGGCAGUGAGGAUCUUCUGCUGUGUUGAAGUUGCUCUUCAGUAUAGCUUUGUUAACCUGCCAUGUAUUUUUAAAAUUCAGUGUCACUUACUGGAGCCACUUCAGGGGAGCUGUUCUGUGUUCAGCUGACUGUGGUUUUGUGUCCUGUUGAACUUGCUAGAUGUAAGGCAAGCACUGUAUGUUGUAACCUAAUCACAAUGUUGUCAAUAUGGCCUUGGAGAUCAUCAUCUGUGCAUUAACUGUGGUGUGCAUUUAGCCUUUUGUGUGAACAUACUGAAAAACAUGUUUUAUUUCAAGGAUCUGCAAACUUGAUUGGGCAGAGUAAUUCUGUAUUUGUAACUUUGGCAAUUAAGCAACUUUCGGAAGGGCAGUUCCAGGUUACUCUACACUGCAAGUCCUGAGAAGGUCUGUUUGGAAAGAUGGGGCUUAGUUUACCCUGGGCAGAAUUUCCUGGGGGGUGGGGAUGGGGGCUGGGAGGUAAUUUGGUCUUAAGUGAGUUAAGCUAGUAGAAAAAACACCACCUGGAAGACUAAAACCAGACAGAAGGGGCCUCUUGAAUUGACAUCUUUUCAGGGAAUCGAGAAUUUGGUUGUUUCGGGCUGGUAGAAAGUGAGGAAUUGAAGUCCACUGAUUUAACUCAUGGGGAGCAGGGUGGGGUACUUCUGCCUUCCCCUCCCACUUGGGGUCUGAAAUUGCCAGAAAUUGCCAGGCAGCCUGGCUCGGUAGGACUGCGUGAGAGCUGCACGUGCAGGCUCAAAAGGUAGCAUGAUUAGAGUCAGGUUUUAAGAUGGAGUCUUGGUAGAUUGACUUAGAACGUUUUUUUCUGCUGUGCAGAAUAAUUUAAAAAACUCUUCCCCUUGGAGAUAGAGCAGCGUUUUAUUUUGUGUAUUUUUGUAUCUGCAUCUCUGUUGAAGGCGAUGAAGGGUCUGUAUAAAAUCAGCCUUUGAACCAGAAGGAAACCCCAGCCUCCUUGGCGCCUGGGCAGGGGGGGAACCUGGAGGGAAGGUUCCCAGGGUCGCCGAGGGAGGAGGGUCGGAUCCCUCGGCACCCCUUGUGUUGGCCGCGUGGGGGCAGCAGAGGCGCGUAGCAGCCGAGCUCGGCGGCGGCCUGCGGGGCCCGAGCGCCGUUUCCCAGGGCACGUCCCGCCCCUUCACGCAGUUGGGCGCCUGUGGCUUGUGGGUGCUGCCAGCCUGGCGCAGGCGGAAGGGCUGGAGGGACGCUGCGGGGAUGGGACUGGUGGCCCCUGGGUGGCGAUCGGCUUCUCUGCUGCUGCCAGCCCUCGUGGCGCUCGGGGCCCUCAGACGCGUUCCCCACGGCCUCCAGAGACAGCGUCACUACCCACUUGCGGCUGCACAGUCGUGCUUCCGGGGCCCCUUGGGGCCCGGGCCUCUCCGCUUGCUCCCCUCCGGGACGGUAGCCUGGUGCGUCAGCCGCGAGUUCCUGAGUCGAACGGGCAUCGCCUGGCCUCGUCGUCAGUUCUGGCGGCUCCUGCCCGGCGCGCUGCCGCUCCUCAGAGGACGCAGCGGCAGCCCGGCCCCUCCCAGCCCCUGCCGCCUUCCCCUGUCGCCGCGGAGUGUCCCUAAGGCCAUCCCUGCACAGUCUCGUCCCGAGCCUGAUCCCAGUUUCCGGCCACUUCACUCCCUCCGGCUUGUGAGGUGCGUGUAAGUAAACUCCCCUCUCCAGGUGCCCCGGUCCUGUCCUGGCCGGCCCGUCGCGAGGGGGCCCGAGGGGCUCCCCCCCCCCCCCCCCGGCAGUGUGUGUCGGGGGGGAGGGGUGGCCCAAACCAAGAUGGGCGAGGAAGGCGCCGAGGGCCGAGGGCUGGCGCGUGGAGGCUGGCGAGGGGGGCGGGAGUCCCGGUGAGGGGAUCCAGGCUUGUUGGGGAGGCUUGGUUUGGGACUGUGUGAUUGAGACCAAAAAGGCAGCUAUCUUAAUGGGAGAUUCCAGGCCCGGGAGGGCUGUGUGUCUGGGUGGGAGUUCGUGAGUGUGAAGGUAGAGGGAGAACAACCGUUACAAGGUGGGCAGAGAAGGAGAAGGCUGCAGAGAGGUGGCCCAGCGAGGGCCGGCGGGGCUGGGCCCAGGCCGCAGAGGGGGAGGGGUUCCCCGGCACCUGCCUUCAGAGGAGGUUUGGGCCGCGGUGCCCAUGUGUGGCGGGUCCGGAUAGCCUUGAGGGGAGCGCUUUUCCUCCAAGCUGUGGGGCCAGAGCUGAGCUGCAGGGGUCCCAGUGAGGGGUGGUGAGGAGAAAUGGCAGUCGCCACAGGGUGACUUUGGAUCAAGAGAGGUUUUUUCCUUCUAAGGGAAUAGGUGGUAUUUCCAAGCCUGAGGUGUAGCUAGAGGGGUGGGGUGGGGCUAGUUCCCCCACCUCGGUCCCGCCCCCGCCAGGCACACCAGGGCUGCGCAUCGGUGAGACCGCUGGUGUGUCCAGCCUCACUGUGCCCUGGUGCUCCAGCCUUCACCCUUGACCCCGCACCCCCCCCCCCCCCCACGGGAGGGUGCAGGCUGAAAGCUCGCCUUCAUCACAGUCCCAUGUUGCUGGUGACCAGCUCACUUUGAUCAGAGCCACUCACCUUGGCUUUGCAACUCUUGCUACACAGGCUGAAGUGGGGUGUAGGUGACCUCAGGCCCCUCUGAAUGACAGGGUGCAUACUCAACAGACAGUAUUUUCAAAACCUUUUUUAUUUACAUUUGUUUACUUCAAUUACAUGCAUGUUUUGUUUUUAAAACAGGAGUAAUUAGCCCAAAAUGCAUUAAAAUUUUAAAAUAGCAAUUAAAUAUACAAAAAUAUAGCUUACAAAAAACUGCGAAUGUUUAAAAAUAUUCUGCUGCAGAAUUCUUAGUGUACAAACAUGUCUAUGAAACCUGAGGCUCAGCAUUUCAUAAACCUUUUUUUUGAGGGAGUUAUACAAGAUCUAGUGAAGAAAACCCAGGGGGCUAAAUAAACUACAGGAUUUAAACUACCCCAUUCCUGGCAAUGAUGUCAAGAAACGCAGAGACGACAGUAUCAGGAACACUCUUGGAAGACCAGGCCCUCACCAGGAGAGACUUCCCUAAUCUUGGCCCUGCCUGCUCUGGCAGGGCCUGCGAGGGAAGGGGCACAUGGAAGGACAGUGCAGCUGGCCCUAGACACAGGUCCCCCAGGCUUGUACUGGCACAGCGAGUGGAGAGGAGCUUCAUCAAACUACAGACAGGUCCCUUGACACUGGUGGGGACCACAUUCGAGGUCCAUGUCCCUGAAGCAGGGUGGGUGUUCUCCCUGACCCGAGAGCCACAAAAGUGAGCACUAGAUUGGUAAGCCAAGGGUGCGAUGCUUGGUCUAGAAGUGGAACAAAACUAUUUGCAUCUUGCAACAAGUUGGGCUCUAAAGGGGAACAAACUGUAUGAGCCCCGUUUUUCUCCUGUUGUUCUCACUCAAACGGAAGCACAUUCCAUGGCAUAUGGGAUCUUCCGUUCAUCUUAUCUACUAAAGAUAGAUUUGAACUGCAGAUUUCACCAGAAUUUAGACAUUGUGAAUUGAGACACGUUCAUCUCUUUUACUUAAAAUUCGUAAUGGCCAAUGCGGAAGACAUUCUAACCCAGAACGAGAUACUCAAGUAACAGAAAGUGGCUUUUCACAUACAAUUCCUUUCAAGUUUCAGGUUAGGGGCCCAAGCUGCACUUUUAAUCCAAGGGAAGGCAGGACGCCAGGGAAGUUGGCAAGGACCGAGGCAGGAGUCCACGCCCCUCCCCGCAGAGCUGCCUGGAGGAAGCAACUAUAUCUCCUGCAGGGGCAAAAAUGGACUUAAGACUUUUUUUUUUCUUUAAAGAAAAGAUGACUGGUGGAGUAAUUUCUAUUGUCAAAUGGAGAAGAUUCUGUGGGAAGCAUUUUCUUUUUAAUGUGUGCAUAAAGUGGGGUGGGAAAGGGAGCAGAGCGCAGACACUGAAGUGUGUGUAUCUAUGGUUAAUUUGGAGGAGACGGCCCAUCUACCUGCUUAGCAUCAUCUGAGACAUCGCCCCCCACCCGCCAAGGCUGCCUCAGGCUUCAGUUGCUGCUGCUUCUCAAAUCCCUGCCUCAAGAAACACAGGAGCUCGCCUAAGAAAUCAUGGCAGUUGUAGCCAGACAUCACCCCGUCAGAUGGGGUUUGGUGGGGGCGGGGGCAGCUUGUCCAGGCCCUGCAAAGGCUGCUGGACCUGGACCAGAGGCCUGCAUUGCUGCUGUCAGCAACAGAGCAGAACCUGCUCUUCAGUGUCCAUCACAGGCCAGAAAGACAGUCUGGAAACUGGUUGUGCUUGCAUAUUAUCUGAGCAUCUGUGUGGUAAGGGCCACGGAGGGAUUGCUGUUUCUGCUUUGUAUGGAAAACUAGAAUUCCAGUAUGCUGCAAUCAAUAAAAAAAUAAUGCCUUAUUCAAAAAGGAA